UUUACAGUGUUUCUGCCACCUCUGUACAAAAGAUAAUUUUACAUGUGUGACAGAUGGACUCUGUUUUGUCUCUGUCACAGAGACCACAGACAAAGUUAUACACAAUAGCAUGUGUAUUGCAGAAAGCGACCUAAUUCCUCGAGACAGGCCAUUUGUAUGUGCACCUUCUUCAAAAACUGGGUCUGCUGCUACUACAACAUAUUGCUGCAAGCAGGACCAUUGCAAUAAAAUUGAACUGCCACCGACUGUAAAGCCAACACCUGGCCUUGGUCCUGUCCAGCUGGCUGCUGUUAUUGCUGGACCAGUCUGCUUUGUCUGCAUCUCACUCAUGUUGAUGGUCUAUAUCUGCCAUAACCGAACUGUCAUUCACCAUCGAGUGCCAAAUGAAGAGGAUCCUUCAUUAGAUCGCCCUUUUAUUUCAGAGGGUACUACAUUAAAAGAUUUAAUUUAUGAUAUGACUACAUCAGGUUCUGGAUCAGGUUUACCAUUGCUUGUUCAGAGAACAAUUGCAAGAACUAUUGUGUUACAAGAAAGCAUCGGCAAAGGGCGAUUUGGAGAAGUGUGGCGAGGAAAAUGGCGGGGAGAAGAAGUUGCAGUUAAAAUAUUUUCCUCCAGAGAAGAACGCUCAUGGUUUCGCGAGGCCGAGAUUUAUCAGACUGUCAUGUUACGUCAUGAAAAUAUCCUUGGAUUUAUAGCAGCUGACAAUAAAGACAAUGGUACAUGGACUCAGCUUUGGUUGGUAUCAGAUUAUCAUGAGCAUGGAUCUCUUUUUGAUUACUUGAAUAGAUACACAGUCACAGUGGAAGGAAUGAUAAAACUUGCUCUGUCCACAGCAAGUGGGCUUGCCCACCUUCACAUGGAGAUUGUUGGUACUCAAGGAAAACCAGCCAUUGCUCACAGAGAUUUGAAAUCAAAGAACAUUUUGGUGAAGAAGAAUGGUACUUGCUGUAUCGCAGAUUUGGGACUGGCAGUAAGGCAUGAUUCAGCCACGGAUACAAUUGAUAUUGCUCCAAAUCAUAGAGUGGGAACAAAAAGGUACAUGGCCCCUGAAGUUCUAGAUGAUUCCAUAAAUAUGAAACACUUUGAAUCCUUCAAGCGUGCUGACAUCUAUGCAAUGGGCUUAGUGUUUUGGGAAAUUGCUCGGCGAUGUUCCAUUGGUGGCAUUCAUGAAGAUUACCAGCUGCCUUAUUAUGAUCUUGUACCUUCUGAUCCAUCAGUUGAAGAAAUGAGAAAAGUUGUUUGUGAACAGAAGUUAAGGCCAAAUAUUCCCAACAGAUGGCAAAGCUGUGAGGCUUUGAGAGUGAUGGCUAAGAUUAUGAGAGAAUGUUGGUAUGCCAACGGAGCAGCUAGACUGACUGCCUUGAGGAUUAAGAAAACGUUAUCACAGCUCAGUCAACAGGAAGGCAUCAAAAUGUAAUUCUGUAGCUCUGCCUGAACUCUCCUCUUCUUCAGAUCUGCUCCUGGGCUUUCAUUUGGGAGGUCAAUUAUUCUACCUCACUGAGAGGGAACAGAAGGAUAUUGCUUCCUUUUGCAAUUGUCAAUUCAGAACUCCCAGGAUUUCUUUGGAUCCAGGAAACAGCCAUGCGGGUCCUUUCUGUGCACUAUGAACGCUUUCCCAGGACGGUUAGAAAAUGUUGUGUAGUCUACCUUUAUUUUUUAUUAACACGAAACUUGUUUUUUUAGAAGAUGAUUGCUGGUCUUAACUUUAGUGACUUCUGCCAUGCUGAAGGUCAUUUUUCAUGGUAAAGAGCUGGAUUGCUGAGUUACAGGAAAUAUUUCUUUUUUUUAAAGAAAGUUAUUUGCUCCUGGUUAGUACAUUCUCAGAGGAUGCUGAACCACUAAAGAGUUUCCUUGAAUCAGACUUUGAAUGUACUGUUCUAUAAUUUUCAGGAUCUUAAAACUAAUCAUAAAACUCUUAUCUUGAGUCAAAAAAGGACCUCAUAUAUUAGUGAGGAACAUAAUUUAUGCAAUUAUAUUUUGUAUACUAUUAUUGUUCUUUCACAUAUUCAAAACAUUACAUGCCUUCAAAAUGGGAUUGUACUAUACCAGUAAGUGCCACUUCCCAUGUCUUUUCUAAUGGAGCCUAGCAGAAUUGCUUAAAAUCUGUGUGUUUAA